CAUCAGGAGAAACCCUGCAUCUCCCGAGUGAUCAGAGCGAUCAGUCAGUUCGUGUUUUAGCUCGAGCCAAGUUUGAGAGAUGGCUUCCCACCAGGACAAGGCUAGCUACCAGGCCGGCGAGACCAAGGCCCGCACUGAGGAGAAGACGGGGCGCGCGAUGGGCGCGACCAGGGACAAGGCGCAGGAGGCGAAGGACCGGGCGUCGGACGCGGCGGGCAAGCGCCACGACGCCAAGGAGGCGACCAAGCAGAAGGCGUCCGACACCGGCAGCUACCUUGGCCAGAAGACUGAUGAGGCCAAGCAGAAGGCCGGCGAGACCACCGAGUCCACCAAGCAGAAGGCCGGCGAGACCACCGAGGCCACCAAGCAGAAGGCGUCCGACACCGGCAGCUACCUUGGCCAGAAGACCACCGAGGCCAAGCAGAAGGCUGGCGAGACCACCGAGGCCACCAAGCAGAAGGCAUGCGAGACCACCGAGGCCACCAAGCAGAAGGCCGGCGAGACCAUGGAGGCCACCAAGCAGAAGGCCUCCGAAGCUUCGCAGUACGCCAAGGACUCCGCCGUCGCCGGAAAGGACAAGACCGGCAGCGUCAUCCAGCAGGCCACUGACCAGGUGAAGAGCGCGGCGGUGGGUGCCAAGGACGCGGUGAUGAACACGCUGGGGAUGAGCGGGGACAAAGCCGACACUGCCAACACCAACAAGGACUCCUCCACCAUCACCAGGGAUCAGUAGACGCAUGAACCUGCACUCCGUCUUGUCCUUGUUUUCGUUUGCUUGUCCAUGAAUGGGUCUAGUAUGUAUGUUUCCGGUUUCGUGAUUCCUAGUUUGUGACGAGCGAUCUUUGUGUUCGUCAGACUUCUCUCAUCUCUUGUGUUUUUAUUAUGAUGUGGAGUAAUAAAGUCCGGGCAGAGCCUAUAUACGAGGCACAUAUAUAU